CCAUCUGACUUGCCCUCUCUCUCUUUCUUUCUUUGAUCAUCAAAGGACCCUUCAAUCAUUAACUCACCUAUCCCGUCCUCUCUUGUCUAGGCGCGCAUUCCGAGAAAAGUAUUCCAAGGCGACUCUGACUCAAUAUAGUCAUCGGCAAGAAUCAAGAUACAUAGGCUAAUCUUCAACCCUCCUCUGUCCUGGCUCAUCCACCCUCAGACUACAUCCCUUCUCCCUCUCGAGUCCUUCUGUACUUAAACCAACUCAAAAUCAAACAAGAAUCAAUCCUCAGUCCUUGAUCCAACUCCUCAUCUGAACUCGUUCAUGACCCUCACGAAAUGUCUUCUGAUACUUCCUUCAUUGCCGCCAGCACAAAAUCCACCUCAACCUUCAUCUCAGCCUUGAUCAUCUCAGCAAGUGUCGCUGGAAUUCAAUUGGCUGCCUUCCUCAUUCUCAGGACAAGCAUCAGGAAAAUCUACGCCCCACGCACAUAUCUUCCGAUCCCUUCCAAACGCUCUCAACCAGUCUCGGUGACUCCAUGGGGAUGGCUUCUACCGACGCUCACCUCGCCGUCCAAGUCGAUGAUUCCUACCGCAGGUCUCGACGCCUACAUGUACAUCCGAUUUCUGAGGAUGAUGAUAUUUAUCUUCGCUCCAAGUACUUGCCUCGUCAUGGUCGUCCUAUUGCCGCUUAAUUCAGUAGGUACUAGUGUCUCCACCACCGGUCUCAACAGUUUUGCAUUCGGAAAUAUUCCCAAAAACAAACAAAUCAGAUACGUUGGUCAUCUGUUGUGCGCCUACGCAAUCACCAUAUGGACCGUAUUCUUGAUUCAAAAAGAGAUGUCCGAGUAUAUUGAAGUCCGUCAGCGAUAUCUCACCCGUCAGAGCCAUCUUGAUCUACCCCAAUCACGCACUGUCCUCGUCACCGGAGUCCCCAAGAGCUUCUUGUCGUCCGAAGUCCUGAACUCACUGACUGCACGCCUGCCCGGAGGAAUCAAACGAGUGUGGAUCUCGCGUGCAUUGAACGACCUACCGGAGAUCUACAAGAAACGACUCGAAUGCGUCUCCAUGCUCGAAUCUGCGGAAACCACACUGGUCAAGAAAGCCAUCAAGCAACACAACGCAUUGCUCAAAUCUUCCAACGAGACCUCCCACUCCAUCCUCCCAGAUGUCAUCAAGCGGAUCCGCUCCAAAGAACAAACCACCGCUGAACAGGAUCCCGUUGAUCAAUACGUCCGUCGCAAAUCCCGGCCCAGUCAUCGGCUCGGCUUCCUGGGUCUCUUCGGCAAGAAGGUUGACACGAUCGACUACUGUAAAGAUGAGAUCGUCAAGCUCACUAACCAACUCGAAGAAGCUCGCCAGAAAAUCGACCAGCAUCACCCACACAACUCAGCUUUCAUCGAGUUUAAUGAAAUCCUUGCCGCCCAAAUCUUCUCGCAGAUAGUGCUCUACCAAAAACCGCUUCGGAUGGCGAAACGCUAUGUCGAUGCAGCACCGCAAGACAUCAUCUGGGAUAACUUGAAUAUCAAUCCUUACGAUGAGCGGAUUCGGAACAUGAUUUCAUGGGUCAUCACCCUUGGGCUCGUCAUCCUGUGGUCUUUUCCUGUGGCUUUCAUCGGUUCCUUGUCUAAUAUUACUUCCCUCUGUACUACCGUCCACUGGCUAUCAUGGCUAUGUAAAAGUCACAAUCAUUUACAGGAUGUCAUUCAAGGUAUCCUUCCCCCGGUCCUCCUGGCCUUAAUCUUCUUGAUCCUACCCAUGCUUCUUCGUCUGAUUGGACGAUAUUCAGGCGUACCCAGGGUUUCUGAGAUCGAACUGAUCCUCAUGACCCGUUAUUACAUCUUCCUCGUCAUCCAUGGUUUCGUCGUCACCACUCUCUCGUCUGGUCUUACAGCCGCCAUCCCGGAACUCUCCAAAGACCCCUCAAAAGCCGUCACCAUUCUCACCGUCAACCUCCCCAGGGCCUCGAUCUUCUUCAUGACUUAUAUGAUUACCACUUCGCUCUCCAGCGCAUCUGGUGCUCUUCUCCAGAUCUUCCCCUUGAUCAUUUAUCAUCUCAAGCUCUUUGUUCUCGCCUCCACCCCUCGUAGCGUAUUUGACGUUCGCUACGAAAUGGCUCAGCCUCAAUUUGGAACCUUAUUUCCUAAUACUACACUGCUUGCGACCAUCGGACUUGCUUACAGUAUCACUGCGCCCAUCAUGUCCCUCUUGGCGCUCGUAGCUUUCACCAUCUACUUCGUCGUCUACAAGUAUCUGUUUCUGUUUGUCUAUGACGUCCCGGCAGCUCACGAGACUGGUGGACGGUUCUUUCCACUGGCGAUGAACCACGUGUUCAUCGGCUUAUAUUUCUCCCAACUUUGUCUAGCCGGUCUUUUCUUUCUUGCGCGGGAUGUCUCGGAGAAUGCCAGUUCGAUCCCGCAGGGCGCGAUGAUGAUUGUCCUCUUCGUCCUCACCUGUUUCUCACACGUGCUUAUCCGAAACAGCUAUGCCCCGUUGACGAUGUUUGUGCCCUUGAACAUGCUUGAAGAGGAAGUGAUCUCGAAGACCAAGAAACGCAAAGAACUGAUCCCGUCGGCAUCGGAGAAGCAGUCCCCAGCCGAUAGAGUCCGAUUUGCUGACCCCUCGAUCCAACGCGACUGGUCAAGUCCUGCCUCUGAUAACACUGCGGACACGUUUGUCCAACGGUCCGCCUCAGAAUCUGAUAUGACCCGAAUGUCGAUGUCCAAGUCGGAUGGACAGGAGUUCUGUCAGACCGUCCUGACCCCGAUCGGCGAGGAUGGAGGCGAAUACUUGUCCCAUUCCCAGAGACCUCCGCUCCAGAACUCUUCAAACGUCCCCGGACCUAGUUGGGGAGACGAAAACUUUGCGACCGAACAGAGUCGAACUGCAUUCUUACAUCCAGCUGUUUGGGAAAACACUCGGCCGGUUUGGAUUCCUGAGGACCCCAUCGGGGUCGCUAAGCUUGAAGUUUCAGAUAUGAAGGCUCGCAAGAUCCCUGCCUCGUUGAAAGGAGCUGGGAUCACAUCCUCUGGAAAAGUAUUUGUUACUCGAUCGCCACCGGAAAACGCGGAAGUGAUCGAAUUGGAGCGCAACAACAAGGUCCAAGGCAUCUUUGCUCUACCCGGGGCGAUAGGAGGGGUCGCGCGUGCAGCGGGAGGAACGAUCGGCGGGCGAGUGAUGCGGAAUGGGUCAGCUCGGGCGAGCCAGUCGCAUGUGCGGAACCACUCGAGCUCGUCGAGCACGCUGACGAACGAGGGCUCGGCGCCGCCGCCGGUGCCCAAGCUUCCGCUGGGGAUCGAAGGCCUCAAGAGCAGUCUGUCGGCGAUCGGCGGCCGGAAGAAGGAGCGUGUCCGGCCCUCCUCGGAGUCCGACGACCAACGCGCCCUCAAACAUAUGAGCGACGUGCCCGAGGAAUCCCCCACCACCGCUAUCACCAUCGGCUCCCUCAGCUUCGAUGAACACGACUCCCACGAACUCCAUGACUUUGCCCAUCUCGUCUCGCCCUCUAAACUCCCCUUCAUCAGCCCUUCUUCCCCAGACUUAAAUUCCUGCCAUCUCCCCGAAAACUCCGUCGUUCGAGGCCACCCUAGUCGCUAUCGCUCCGACGCAUCUGGCUCCCCUGCCCAGGGCUCCUCUUCUAGACAUGACACUCCUUAGUCCCGCUAUCUAUCAUCUUCCCCGCUAAUUACCUUCUUUUCUAUCGUCGAUCGUUUUCUUUCUUUUUUCUUUCAUACCUCGGUUUUUUCUUUCAUAUACCCCGUCAAUACAAUUUGUUAUAACAUCAAAAAAAAACCCAAAGGAAUCCUUGAAUUUUUGUUUUGUUUUUGCUUAGUUCUGUUUCUACCAACCUAAAAACCAUACAACACAUAUAUAUAUACCCAUUUUUUUCCAUUUGUUUUGGUUCACAAAAAAACAAAUAUAAAAAAAAUGCAUCAAUGUCACCAUCACAUCAUCAUGAUUCCUAUUCUUUAUAUCGUCUCAUGUUGUGCUACCUCUGAUCACUUAUUCUGUUUCUGAUUCUUUUUGCCCACUUCGCUUAUUUAUCCUCCUCGUAUCUAUCUCUUUUUCUUUGGUGUGUGUGUCUCCGAACGGCCCGCUUCUCUCUUCCAAAGCCUUGCACAUUUCGUUCUCCCAUCGCUCUCUCUCUCAAACACCCACACAUACACACAUAUUUAUAUUUCCUUGUUGGUUUUUGUUUUAUACUUGCACUCUCCAUCAUCCAUCAUCAUCAUCAUCAUCAUCAUCAUCAUCAUCAUCAUCAUGCUCACCAGCGUUGUUGUUGUUGGUCGGUUAGCUCUUUGGAUUUCCUUGUGUGUCGUUCCUAGCUCUCGCAUCCCAUCUCAUCUCGUUCUUCAAGCAGAACGCGUGUUUUUUUUGUGUUUUUUUGUUUUUGGUGUGUCAUACACCCAUUGCAUUUCCUUUCCAACCAUCUGUGAGCUUGUAUGAUCUACUUGACAUACCUCCCAUGUAUCCCCCCCUGCAUUGGUUCUACCCCAUCAUCCAUUCUGUUCACAACUUUUCCUCGUUUUUUUUUUUUCUUGAUCUGUAUAGGAGUACUAGGACCCUGGCAAGCGCUCCAAAAUGUGGGUAAUGUAGACCCAGAUGAACAAAACUCGAAUUUGACUUUCAACUAUACAUGUAAUUGGGAUCAUUCCAACAUGGGGACAUGUACAAGGAAAAGGUGCAUCUUGUACAUGUAUUCAUUAGUCAUGAAGUUACACCAGUGACCCUUGAGAAGCCAAA